AUCAUCAUAUCAAUGGAUACCGAAAGUGUUGGAAAUGGUAAGAGAGUUCUGAUUUUCCCAUUUGUGGCCAUGGGACACAUCACUCCCGCCUUUGAGUUGGCCAAGAAACUCUCCCAAAGAGGCUUUCAUGUCCACCUCCUCUCCACUCCCAUAAACCUUACUUUCAUACAUAACACCCACUCUUCAAUCCACCUUGUGGAGCUUCACUUGCCGGAAUCCCCGGAGCUCCCGCCUCACCGCCACACCACCAACGGCCUCCCGCCCCAUCUCAACCACACCCUUCAAAAUGCCCUCAGGUCGUCCGAACCCGCCUUUUCCGACAUCAUGGCCACCCUGAAACCCCACUUGCUCAUCUACGACGCUCUCAACCCGUGGGCAGCACGGGUGGCCGAGUUGCACGGUGUUCCCGCCGUUCAACUCAUCCCCACUGCCGCUGCCACGUGCUCCUACUUCAUCCACUCAUUGACCCGGGUGAACGAAGAGCACCCUUUUCCAGAACUCCAUCUGAGCACCUACGACCGCGACAGGAUUCAAAAGAUCUUAGAAAGGAGAAGAAGUGGGCCAAAGUACCCAGACAUAAGCGAGGACAAAAAUGUGUGUGUGAUCAUUGCCUCAAGAGAAAUGGAGGGGAAAUAUAUGGACUAUAUAAGUGAAUUGUUCGGAGGUCGUAAGGUCUUGCCGCUUGGGUUGCUGGUUCGCCCGGAGCAAGACGACAACGACCAUUUCAAGGCGAUCAUGGAAUGGUUAGGAAAGAAAGCGGAGAAGUCGACAGUGUACGUUUCUUUUGGGAGCGAGUGUUUUCUAUCUGAUGAGGAAAUGCAAGAAAUGGCAUAUGGGUUAGAGCAAAGUAGAGUGAAUUUCAUAUGGGUGGUUAGGUUUCCCAAAGGUGAAGAAAAAAAUCUUGAAAUGGCAUUGCCAAAGGGUUUUCUUGAUAGGGUUGGGGAUAGGGGGAGAGUGGUGGAAGGGUGGGCUCCGCAGGCGAGGAUUCUUUCGCACCCAAGCGUGGGAGGGUUCGUGAGCCACUGCGGGUGGAACUCGGUCAUGGAGAGCGUUGUGCGUGGCGUCCCCAUCAUAGCCAUGCCCAUGCAAUUUGAUCAGCCUAUGAAUGCCAAGAUGAUUGUGGAGAUUGGGGUGGGUGUUGAGGUUGUUAGAGAUGACCGCACCGGGAGGUUCGGCCGUGAAGACGUGGCUAAAGCUGUGGCUCGCGUCAUUCUAGAGGAAGUAGGGGAAACUGUAAGAAGGAGUGCAGAAGCGAUGGGGAAAAAUGUGAGAGCCAAAAGCUUGAAAGAGAUGGAUGAAGUUGUUGCUCUCUUGGCGCACAUCUGUGGUCAAGAAAGUAUUUAGGUUGAUAUAGUGUAAACUUCUAUUGUUUGUUUGUUUGUUGUUUGGGCUUCUUGCACUCUCAAAGUUUAUACACAUUUUCAAUAAUAAUAUAUGUAGACCUAGUCCUCUUCAGCUUUUUCUACUAUGUUAACUUUAUUGUAAAACCUCUAUUGCACACCUAACAUCAUAUCGUUGUAAUAAGAAUAACUUAUAUAUAUUUGAUUCGAUAAAAUGUAAGGAGAAAGUUACGAAAUUGAAUUUUUACAGCAAGCGUGUCAUUUGUGUCGAUCUAUCUUUUUAGUAUAAGAUCUAGUAAUUUUUCAAACUACAUACGAAUAUAUCGUAACUCUUGUU